AGGAAGGAGUCGACUUGUGAGGCUGACGUGUGAACUCGGAGAAAACCAGAUUACCGAGUUCAAAUAAGAGAGACCGUGAUCACAAAAAGGCUUAAAACCGAUCCGGUUUUUUCCUCGCCACUGAGGAUGAAGGCAGUGAAAAUACGCUCUGCAGCGCUAAUCAUAUUUCCACCUGAGCAGUUUCCACGAAUAUAGAAGUCUACGAAGUUUUGCGCGGAGUGUCAACGAGGGUACGAAAUCACUCGAACCGUGUGAAAUAAAUUAUAGAAAGUCCUCCUGUGAAGUUGCCAGCACGAUGUGUUGUGUGCUCGAAUCGAAUCCUUCAUUCCCCGGGAUCGAGUUCUACGAAGGCGUGCAAGCAAGAAGUCAGAGAGAAAAAAUCGGUGCUGGAAAUUGAAUAAGAAGAAAAAAAGAAGUUCACGAAAUUUCGUUCCAGAGGACAUGUGGACCGUCCCGGAAACCGCCGAUCUGAACAGGACGACGCUCUUCACUAGGAUUGGGGAGACUCGGGUGAGGCACGCCUUGCAUCGUUUUUACCGCGAAAUGGUGGCACUUCCGGCGUCGUCGCUCGUCGCCAACCUGACCUCCGUCCCGGGCAACAAAUUGGACGUCGGAAACGGAACGACGUCGGGCGAGGGGCUCGACGGGACGACGCACAAGCUCUACCUCUACGGUACCCCGCCUCUGAUACUAUUCUGCAUCAUAUCCAUCGCCAUAAACGUCAAGAUACUUGUCAGCGUCUACUGGAUACGGCGACCCCUAAGUCCCACCCUUCAUAUUAGCCUCAGCUUGGCUGGCGCUGAUGCCUUCUCCAGCAUAGCUCUAGGCGUCGGUCUCGUGAUGAACAGCUUUGUCCCCAUUGGACUGGGCUACGAACUCUCGGGCGUUGACUGCUUUAAACUAGGCCUCGAAGCCGUUCGGCUUGGUGCGAUUAUAAUAACAGUGGCCCACCUGAUGGCCCUCGCAGCGAAUCACUACCUCGGGAUCCUGAGGCCUCUGCAUUAUCUGUCGAUAAUGACGCACAGAAACACGACGCUGUUGGUGGUGCUUCUUUGGAUCCUACCCCUGUCCUUUUUCCUGUCUUACUUUGGUCUGAUUGAGGACCAGGGUUUCCAAUCGGAGAACUGCGGGAUAAACACGUUCCUUUUUUACAAGAAGUUCAGACUGAUGUUCAGCAGCCUCUUCUUCGGCCCGUUUCUUCUCAUGGUCUGCAUCUAUACUCACAUAUUCUGUAUAGUUAGGAGACACCAGGCGUCCAGACUUAAGUUCAGCAGAGCUGGGUCUCUUCAUCGGGGACCAAACAGCCUGCGGCAAAACUCGUCCCAGCAAAUGGCGAGGAACGUGAAGGCCAUCCACACAACCCUCUACAUCCUUGGAAGCUACGUAGUUGGUUGGAUGCCAGGAACGAUAUUGUACAUCCUCGCUUGCGACGAUUGUUUUCUGAACCUUGACUGGGUUACCGGAAGAGCCAAGUUCCUCGUCUACAACGCUGUCAACUGCCUGAUCAUUCUGAAAACAUUAGUGAACCCAAUCAUAUACGCAGCUAGGAUGCACGAGAUCAAGGUAGCGAAGAGACGGAUGCACGCGUCCCUCUGCAGAUGCUUCAAUCCAGCGCGAGCUGACGGCAUGGCUAUCGGUCUCCACUGUAGCAGCGAGGGGAACCAGAGUAACAGAGCAUCUCUUUCGAGGACGGCGGUUUGCAAGCUGGCGAGUAACGUCAGUGGGAAGAACCAGCGCGGUAGUGACCGCUCCUACACACGGACAAACACUGUUCUCUGAGGUCGGCGGGAGGCGAUCGAGAUGAAAAGACUCGACGCCUGACGACAGCUUUAAUGGAACAGUAUCCCAGCAGGGUGCAUAUGGCUGAGCUAGUGCAUUCGGUUUAACGACCUAACACGAGCCACCGCCCAGCCAUUUCCUCUUCUGACAUUA